AUGGCGAAUCAAUGCGGAUGCUGGGAGCAGGCUCACCUCCCCGUUGCCAUGGUGACAAUCCCACCACGUGACCGGGCCGGGACUGGACGCAAGGUGGCCGCGAAGGGAGGUUUCGACGUCCGACAGAAGAUGGCGCAUUCCGAGGUCCCGCUCCUUCGCCGCAGCAGGGGGCGUGACGCUACCGGUGAUGCGGAUGCUUGGAGCGUCUUCCGCAAGACCAGCGUCCAAGUGGGGCUCGUCCUGUUCUUCCUGUUGGUCCUUGCCAUGGCCAUCGCCUUGGCAGUCUUCUUCGCCUUGUCGCCCUGGGUGUUCCGUGGCCACAACGAGGUCGAGUGCGAGGUUCAGCUCGAGGUGACCCCUUCGGCAUCGGCGCUGGGCAACUACAGCAGCUGGGCCGUAUCCACGGACGCCGCGCCGUGCACACCCGUCGCCAGGCGGAUCCAGCUGAAGGGAGGCACGAUCGCCGACGCCGCCGUGGCCACCAUGCUCUGCAUGGGCGUCGUGCUGCCCCACUCUAUGGGCAUCGGCGGGGGCUUCGUGGCCACCGUGUACAAGAGAGACACGCAGAAAGCUCGCAGCCUGAUCGCCCGGGAAACGGCGCCGGCGGCUGCCUCCAAGGAUAUGUUUACCGCCGACAAGAAGUUGGCCAGAGUCGGCGGCCUGGCGGCGGCUGUGCCCGGCGAGCUGCGCGGCUACGAGGUGCUGCUCCAGCGGAUGGGCAGCAACCUGCCGUGGGCGGCACUCUUCGAGGACGCCAUCCGGCUGGCCAGGGACGGCUUCCCCGUCGGCGCCCACCUGGCCAACGCCCUCCGGGAGGAGAAGGACGUCGUCUACAGUCACGCCAACAUGCGGUCGACCUUUUGGAGCCCUUACGCCAACGACACGCUGAAAGAAGGCGAGCUCCUGGUUCAGAAGGACUUGGCCUCGACGCUCGAAGCCAUUGCCAACAACGGACCCGAUUAUUUCUACAAGGGCGAGUUCGCCGAAAAGCUCGUUCAAGAAAUCAGAGCCAACGGCGGCAGCAUGAUCCGGCAGGACCUGGAGACGUACAAGCCGAUCUGGUCCCAGCCAGUGCAGGCCAACUUCAAGGACGGCCGCGUUCUGUACUCGGUGCCUCCUCCGGGCAGCGGCGCCGUGCUCGCCUACAUCAUGGGCAUCAUGGACGCCUUCCGGGACAAGGCCUCCGACUCGCUGCAGGACGACGGGCUCACCUUGCACAGGUUCGCCGAGGCGUGCAAGUUCGCUUACGCCAAAAGGGCGCUCCUGGGGGACCCCAAGUUCGUGCCGGUCGAUCAGCUGCUGAGCCAGUUGACGUCUCGGGAGUACGCCGAGGCCACCCGGAGGAUGAUCGACGACCGCAAGACCUUCGACAGCAGGGCGCACUACACCGGAGAGACCGGGUUCCCGGUGGACCACGGCACCGCCCACGCCUCCUUCCUCGGCGCCAACGGGGACGCGAUCGCCAUCACGAGCAGCGUCAACUACUAUUUCGGCAGCAGCGUGCGUACGUCGAGCGGCGUGGUGCUGAACAACCAGAUGGACGACUUCUCGAUCCCGGGCUCUCCCAACAUGUACGGCGUGGCCCCGUCCGAGGCUAACUUCGUGGUGGCGGGCAAGCGGCCCAUGUCCUCCAUGUCGCCGCUCGUGGUCGUCGGCCCCACCGGAGACGUGGACCUGGUCAUCGGGGGCACCGGGGGAGCCAAGAUCACCUCGGGCGUCGCACUAGUGAGCAUGCGCAACUUGUGGCAAGGGAACAGCAUCAAGGAGGCCAUCGACUACCCCAGGCUGCACCACCAGUUUCUGCCAAACCGGGUCGACGUCGAAACCCAGUUUCCAAAGGUGUACAGGCGGCAGCUGGAGGAGAGGGGCCACCAGACGUUCGUGCCCAAGGGACGCUUCUCCAUCAUCAUGGCCAUCACCCGCCGGAACGGCCGAGUCUUCGCAAACUCCGACUUCCGCAAGGGAGGCACCGUGGACGGACAGUGA